GUGGCACGGAAUAUGAGAGUAGUAUUGCUCGGAUAUGCUCUCUCUCUCUCUCUCUCUCACCCACCUUUUGUACAGGGCAUGCCAACCUACCUUUCCUCUGCUAUAUAAAGGACGCCUAUCUGAAGGGCUGGAAAUCUCAUCAGUCCAUCUAUCUUGCAACCCGACUCCAUUCCCUCUCUCUCAGCGCAAGAACUAGAUGGAGUAUUCCAACUUGCGACGCCAGGCUGCUUAUAUGAAGAAGAGUCUCUUUGAUCAGGGAUACUUGGAUGAACAAUUUUAUCAGCUGGAGGAGUUACAGGAUGAUGUUAGCCCUAAUUUUGUGGAAGAAGUUGUAACCUUGUUCUUCAGGGAUUCAGCCAGACUGAUCAGUAACAUUGAGCAGGCUCUGGAUAAAUGCCCCCAAGAAUUCAGCAAGUUGAACGCAUAUGUGCAUCAGUUAAAGGGUAGUAGUUCCAGCAUUGGUGCUUCUAGGGUGAAGAAUGAGUGCACAUUGUUCAGACAGUAUUGCGACGAAGAAAAUCUUGAAGGAUGCCUGAAAUCAUUUCAAAAGAUGAAGAGGGAGCAUGCUGUUUUGAGGCAGAAGUUGGAGUCAUAUUUCCAGUUGUUAAGGCAAGUCGGUCCUGCGGAAAAAGCCACUCGCCCCAGCAUGUAAGAUGACAUAUUGCUAUGGUAUGCAGGAGUUCAGUGAGGUCUUAAGCACAUAUAGAAGUCUAUUUCCAAUGUAAUAUAAUCUAUGUUGUAAUACCUUGAACUAG